UUUCCAUUCUUCACCACUCCCUUUUUCCAAGGUGAUUGUAACCAACAAACAAACCUUCAGUCAACAAAUGCAGUACAUUUCACUUGAGGCAGACGUUCCAACAUAAAUACAUUCCUAUUUUUUUAAGAAUCAACCUAUUUGGGUCUAGAUUUUGUUUCAAGGUUAAAUAGGGAGUAAUCGUUGGAGAGAUGGAAGGUUUGGGGGAGUUAAUUUGUCGGAAUUGUAACAUGGUGUUCCAUUCUGCUGGACUCUUGGAUAAACACAAGGCCAAAUUCUGCAUUGGCACAGACCUAAAAGACUCAAUAGCUCUAUGGAGGGGACAAAGGGGAUUCACACAAACAGAAAACGCAGCUGUGAAGACAGUGCAUCCCACAAGGGCAAGGACACCUGAUUUGAUUAUUCUGAAGGAACAGAGAAACCGCCAAAUGGAUCAGAGAGAGAGUUCACGGGGAAAUACUGCUCUAAACAAACUCACUGAAGAGUUUACAAAACUCAGGAUCUCAUUUGAACAAAACCUGCCCAGAACACAGACAAAGGUCUUUGAGGAGCAGGGCUCAGUCCAGCAGAAGGCUGAUGAGCAGAGGGCUCUUGACUUGCAUAAAGAUCAUGAGCAGAGACUGGCUGAGAUCAGGGCACGCAACCAUCAGCUGGAGAAGGAGAGAGAGGAUAUCGAACAGAGACUUGCCGAGCUGGGAGGGCGGGAGAGGACGGCUCAUCUAGAGGAAGUGCUGCAAGAGCUGAGGAGUCAGGAACAGAGGAACGAAGAGGCGCUGCAUCAGCUCAGCUCUCACAUCAACUCAAUGAAGGGGCUUAAUCCAAAUGAAGUCCAGUCAAACCCACCAGAGGAAAAGAAGACACAUGUCUUGAUCUAUUCUGUGGAUGGGCCCCUCUCUGCUCAGAUAAGAGCUUUGCGUCUGGCAUACAUGCAGUCAGGUGGUUCUGAUCCAGAGGUUCUGGCCCACAUGCAUGACCUUCAAGCAGAAGCUUUUACUCUGGAACAGGCAAGACCUAGAGCUGAUGGCAAGACAAAAGGAAGAAGGAUGAAGUCUCCUCACAGAAAGUUGGACCCUGAUGUUCUUGCUGUGGAGCAGGAGAACCAAAGGCUUGAGGAGGAAAUCUUCAGAAUCCAGCUGGCCAGAGAGAGGCAAAAAGGAGAACAUGGGCUUACUGAUAUCCAGAAAGACCACAUCCAUCAAAUGGCUAGCCUCCGAGCUGAGAUCGCCUUUCUAAAAAGAGAAAUAGAGAAGGGGCGAGACAGAAGACCACCCAAUCCUCAGCCUCCCCUGCCUGUUUUUCCUGGAUCUUCUAUGGCCCUAACACACUCUGCUCUGACACAGGAUCAGAGUUCAAAACAGCAUUCAUCGAUGGGUUCCCAUGUAACUGAUCCAAUGGAAGCUCUUGGUCCUGCUGCUUAUGAUCCUGUGGCUGGCUUUGUGAUCUUCUAUGACCUGGUGAUGGGUUUAGAAGCUACUUUGGGAUCGGUGCGUUUGUUGGCAGGGUUAUAUUGUAAUGGGGAGAAGCUGGGACAGACCACCCCAAUGCCACCUGUGCAGUGCCAACCAUUACUCUCCACCAAGAGUCCUGGAAACUAUGCCAUACUGGCUUUUAAGCAGCCUGUGCCAAGAGUACAGCCAUCUCCAAAUGUCUCGUUGGUCUUGGAGAUCCAGACUUCUAAAGGUCUCCAUUUGUACAACCAUGAAAUUAAGGACUUGGUUACUUGUGGCUGGGCUAAACUUGAACUUUUUGACCAGCACAACCAGGUUUAUAGCGGUCACUGGAGGCUUCCCUUCCGUUCUCUCCCAGUUCAAGCAUCCCUAAGUCCAGUUCAGCUGAAUUCUGUGCCACAACAAACGCUCGUCAUGGAGAUGUACAGACUCUUGCAAAGAUUGACAUCAACAACACCAACCAAUACAAGUACCCAUCAACGGUGGUCUCAAAAACAUCUGUAAUCCUGGCAACCCAAGUACCAUCUCACACAUUACAACCCUCAUCCAAUCCAUUACCUUCAUCACUGCCACAGACAGAUCAUGCUGAGGAGUCCAAUUAGGUUUGAAUGACUGAAUAAUUCAACCUGAAUUUGAUUACUGUACAAAUAAAUCUUGUUGUAAAUUUACAAAUAAAAAAAGUAUUGCAUGUGACAAUAAACAUAUAUUAUAAACAGAUAAACAGAAACUAUUGCAAAUGUACUAUAAUUUUUAAAGUUGUUAAAACACUGAUCUACAAUUAUGCAUUUAUAGGGGUUGGACAAUGAAUUAUUUGUAUUGUUUAGGGCCUCCUUUUGCAGCCAAUACAGCAUCAAUUCAUCUUGGUAAUGAUAGACACAAGUCCUUCACAGUGGCCAGAGGGAUUUUGAGUCAUUCCUCUUCCAGAACAAUGACCAAGUCAUUAUGUGAUGCUGGUAUAGGAAAACUUUUUCUGACUUGCUCCUCCAAAAAACAAAGUGGCUAAAAAAUAUUUUGAUCUGGAGACUGUGCAGGCCAUGGGAGAUGUUCCACUUCAGUUUCAUGUUCAUCAAACCACUCUGUCACAUUGUUUGUGGCUUGAAUAAAUGAUUCAUAUAGAGAAUAUAGAUCACACUUUCUCUUUCCAUUUGCAGUUUUUCAUAUACCUUAAUUCAAACUCAUUGAUACCAUUCUGUUCAUUCUUGAAGUUAACUUUUGCCUGUAUUGUGAAUAGAUUCACUGUUUUGGACUGCUGCCUUGAACUUAAGAACAUAAGUACAGAAUGACACGACACAGGGCUUCUUGUCUGCUGUGCAACCGUUUAAUGCUCUGCCAGAGCCCUACAGGAGACAAGAGGCCACUUUUUCAACCCAUUCUCAUAAGUGCUGCAAGUCAGACUUUUGGGCAAAAAAAAAUAAAAAUAAAAAUAAAAUAAAAA